AUGUCUACUAGUAAAGAAAUUCAACAUCCUCCAACAAAAGAUUGUAUUAGUCGACUUCGAAAAGAAUUUUUAGAGAUUAAUAAGAAUCCUGUAGAGAAUAUAGUGGUAUGUCCACACCCAGAAAAUAUAUUGGAAUGGCAUUAUGUAAUAUUAGGACCCGAAAAUACUGUAUAUGAAAGUGGCUUGUAUUAUGGUAAAUUGAUUUUCAAAUACAACUAUCCUUUAUCUCCCCCAUCCAUCAUUAUGACUACUCCUUCUGGUAGAUUUCAAACUGAUACUCGUUUAUGUCUUUCAAUUAGUGAUUAUCAUCCAGAAUCAUGGUCACCAUCAUGGACAGUUUCUUCAAUUUUAAUUGGUUUAUUAUCAUUUAUGGUAGACAAUGAUUCAACUCUUGGUAGCAUAACAACCACCAAUGACGAAAAAAGAAUACUUGCAUCAAAAUCUGCCGAAUAUAAUAAGAAAAUAGAUACUUUCUGCCAACUUUUCCCUUAUUUGGUCGAAUAA